UAUUUCAUACUAUAUCUUCCUCUGACAAGCUCAAGAACAAUAAAAGACAACAAACACAGUGUGGGCCCCUAUGACCCAGUAAACUGAUUGACAGCAGAGAAAAGGGAGGUUCUAAAGCAGAGGAAACACGCCACACGUUAAGGUAAAAGCACACAAGGCCAGCCUGGUAGUGGUGUUUAAUCACACACACAAACUGCACAUGGACACAGUAGAACAAAGAUGGCAGUUUUACUAGGCAGUUACACGAUUCCUUUCCUUGGAGUCAGCGUCUUCAUUGCUGCUCUCAUCUACAUCACCUACACGCUGCUCAGCGAUUACCUCCGCAAAUGGUUUGAGAUGAAGCCAAUCCCUCAGGUGGAAGGGACAUAUCCCUUCAUUGGAAACGCGCUGCAGUUUAAAAACAAUGCAGGAGAAUUCUUUCGUCAAAUCGAAGAUUAUACCCGAGAGUUUGCUCAUGCACCGCUGCUCAAAUUAUGGAUUGGACCAGUACCUUUCGUGAUUCUGUUUCAUGCUGAAACUGUUGAGCCCAUUGUGACUAACCCUGUUCACAUGGAAAAAGCUGUUGUAUACAACUUCCUGCACCCUUGGCUGGGCACCGGUCUUCUUACCAGCACUGGGAGUAAGUGGCGUCAGCGGAGAAAGAUGUUGACUCCCACCUUCCACUUCUCCAUCCUGGCGGACUUCUUGGAGGUUAUGAACGAGCAGGCGGAGGUCCUGGUGGAGAAGCUCGACAAGAAGGUGGGCAAGGGUUCCUUCAACUGUUUCAGUCACAUAACCCUGUGUGCAUUGGACAUCAUCUGUGAGACCGCAAUGGGAAAGAAAAUUUACGCUCAGAGUAAUUCUGAUUCUGAGUAUGUGAAGAGCGUUUACAAAAUGAGUGACAUCAUCAGCCGCAGACAGAGGAAACCAUGGUUCUGGUCUGACUUAGUGUACUACUACUUUGGUGAGGGCAAGGAGCAUAACCGGAUACUCAAGAUCCUACACUCUUUUACUUACAAAGUGAUAAAUGAAAGAGUAGAGAACGUUUCCAACAGUGAAUCAGACAGCGACUCUGACAGCAGCACAAAGAAAAGACGAGCCUUUCUGGACAUGCUCCUGAAGACCACAGAUGAAGAGGGCAACGGGAUGAGCCACCAGGACAUUCAGGAGGAGGUGGACACCUUUAUGUUCGAGGGACAUGACACUACAGCGGCCUCUAUGAACUGGGCCGUACAUCUGCUGGGCUCUCACCCUGAGGCGCACCGCAAAGUUCAACAAGAGCUUGAUGAGGUGUUCGGUACGUCUGAGCGGCCUGCCACAGCAGAGGACCUGAAGAAACUGAAAUACCUGGAUUGUGUCAUCAAGGAGGCACUGCGGCUGUUCCCCUCUGUGCCUUUCUUUGCCCGCUACAUCCGUGAAGACUGCCAUAUCAAUGGUUUUAAGGUGCCAAAAGGUGCCAAUGCCAUCAUCAUCCCCUACGCCCUCCAUCGUGACCCGCGGUACUUCCCUGAGCCCGAGGAGUUCAGACCUGAACGCUUCCUGCCUGAGAAUUCAGUGGGAAGACCUCCUUAUGCUUACAUCCCCUUCUCUGCUGGACUCCGCAACUGUAUCGGUCAGCGUUUUGCACUGAUGGAAGAAAAGGUGAUCUUGUCAUCCAUUCUACGUAACUUUAACAUUGAAGCCUGUCAGACACGUGAGGAGCUGCAACCGGUAGGAGAGCUCAUCCUGCGACCAGAGAAUGGCAUCUGGAUCAAGCUGGAAAAGAGGAAACCCCAAACUUUAUAAAACAAGGAGCUUUUUCCUUUAUUUUUCUCUUAUUCAAUGUUUGUCCCAGGCAAUGUAAUGUUUUCUAAAUAACCUUGGAGAGGUCAGGGAGAGUAGUGACCGCUAUGUUUGGGUUUUAGAAAUUUCUCAUCAUCUUUGACAUCGUAAUUACAAAAAGUAAGCCUUAUGAAAAUAAAGUGUUCUAUUCAUAUCAUUGUUAGUUUUAGACAAAAAGCUGUAUGAGGCAAUAAACUUUCUCUGUCCAUCAUCA